AAGACCGACAACGAGGCGUUGGUUGAAAAGCCGACUGACAGGGUUUUUUUUUUUUCUUUUAAUCAAAUGCGACUUCGCAAACGGACAUUAGAUUUGCCGUUCACAGACGAAGUCGUGGUAGUGUAUAUGAAUGAGUUAUCGUUCAUUCCUUGGCAAUUGACAAUCAAAAUGGAAAAUCGAAAACGUCCUAGAGAAGAAAUGCAGGUUAUCAACUUUCGAACACCGGAAAAGCGGGUGUCGGACGUUUUUCGGGGGCAUAUUGACUACAGGGAAUGGGAUGUUGAAGAUACUUGCAGUUACCUUCGAAGAGAGGGAUUCGAUCAAUGGGUGGACGCGUUCCGAGCGGAACAGAUCACCGGAGUGGGAUUACCAUACCUUGUUGAAUCACAUCUGGAAAAGAUGGGCGUAAAACCCCUGGGCAUGAGACUAAAGAUAAUUUAUUGCUUCAAGAAGCUGUGGCAGAUCUCGACUGACAUCAUGAAGGUUUUCAAUGACCCUAUCCACGGCCAUAUUGAAAUGCACCCUUUGCUGGUGAGCAUUAUUGACACACCUCAGUUCCAGCGUCUGCGUCACAUCAAGCAGUUGGGAGCCACUUACUUUGUAUUUCCUGGAGCCUGCCACAACCGGUUUGAACACUCUGUUGGUGUGGGCCACCUGGCAGGUCAGCUGGUCCAGGCCCUGAACAAGCGACAACCUGAGCUUCUCAUUAGUCAGAGGGACAUACUGUGUGUCCAGAUUGCAGGACUAUGCCAUGACCUUGGACAUGGCCCUUUCUCCCACAUGUUUGAUGGAAUGUUCAUCCCAAAAACACGGCCUGGUUUAAAAUGGAAGCAUGAGAUUGCAUCUGUGGCGAUGUUCAAUCACCUGAUCAAGGCGAACAAUCUGGAGCCGGUGAUGAAGCAGCAUGGGCUGGUGCUGCCAGAGGACCUGCUGUUCAUCGAGGAGCAGAUAGCCGGCCCCAUGGAGUCCCCUGUCCCACUCAGCCAGGAGCAGAGACCGUGGCCAUAUCAAGGAAGACCAGAAGCAAAAUCCUUCUUGUAUGAGAUUGUGGCGAACAAAAGAAAUGGAAUUGAUGUGGACAAGUGGGAUUAUUUUGCCAGAGACUGCUACCACCUUGGCAUCAAAAAUAACUUUGACUACCAACGCUGCCUGAAGUUUGCACGUGUGUGUGAGGUGAACGGAACGAAGCGCAUCUGCACGAGAGACAAGGAAGUGGGGAACUUGUAUGACAUGUUUCACACGCGCAACUGCCUUCAUCGCCGGGCCUACCAGCACAAAGUGGGAAACAUCAUUGAAACAAUGAUAACAGAGGCUUUUGUGAAGGCUGACCAGCACAUCCAGAUUGUAGGCUCCAAAGGCCAGACUUUCACCAUCUCCACUGCCAUCGACGAUAUGGAGGCCUACACCAAACUCACCGACCACAUCUUUGAGCAGAUCCUGUACUCCUCGUCCCCAGAGCUGGAUGACGCUCGGGCUAUCCUGCAGAACAUCUAUUGUCGCAAGCUCUACAAGUGUGUGGGCCAGACCCAGCCCAAGAGGCCUGUGCUGGUUACACAGGAUGAGCUGCUUGAUAUGGCAGCCAGCGUUGCCCAAGCUAUGCCCUCCUGUGGAACAGACGUUCUGUCUGGCGGAACAACAUUUCAGGCUGAAGAUUUCAUCGUGACUAUUAUUAACAUGGACUAUGGGAUGAAAGGGAAGAACCCGAUCGAUAGCGUGCAUUUUUACUGCAAAAAUGACCCCACAAAGGCCAUCAAGAUCCGCAAAAACCAGGUGUCCCAGCUCCUGCCAGAGAAGUUUGCUGAACAACUAAUCCGGGUCUACUGCAAGAGGACUGAUCGAAAGAGCUUGGAGGCAGCCAAGAAGUACUUUGUGCAGUGGUGUAUCGAUGAAGAUUUCACCAAGCCACAGGAUGGAGAUGUGAUUGCCCCAGAACUGACCCCUCUGAAGGAGAGCUGGUGUAAUCGUGAUAAUGAUAAUGAUGAAGAUGAUGAAGAUGAUGAAGGUGGCAGUGUGACGUGGUGUUGCAGGAAUAGUGCCUCAAAUGCAAAAGCUAAACUCUUCAUCAACUAAGGGAAAGAUUGUGAAGAAAUAGUUUGUAUGAUGGAACAGCAGUCUGUAUUGUUUUUUCUAUCUUUUCUGUCCAGAUUAUUGAAUUGUUCUUGGAAACAUUAUUUUGUUUUAUUUUUAUAUAUUUUAUUGAAUUUUGGUUUUAAUAUAUAUCUGCAGACUUGUAGUGUGUAACAUGUCAAUACGAUUUCUGCCAUUUUGGAUUCAGAAUGGUAGGGUUUUUACAAACAUCUUGUGCCUCACAAUAAAUGUCUCAGGUGCUCAAUCUGUACUUGCUUUUAUCAAAGCAACAUGGAGAGAGAUAAUUUCUACUUCCAAAAGCACUCAUGUGAAAUUGUUCUUAUGGUUCUGUUACAGUUUGCUAUUCUGCCUGAUGUAGAACACUUUGAGAGGUUAUUUAGAUCUGCUUAAUAUCUCUGGAAUGACAUUGUGUGAGUUUUAUUUGAAUUUGUUCAAAGGUCAUAUCAUGUUUACACCUUAUUUCUUGAAUGUAUAUUUUAUUUUUUCUUGACUUGGUUUUAAACUGGUACUCGUAUACGUCAUACGGGCUUAUGUAAAAAAAGAAAAAAGGAUAUAUUUAGCUAUUUUUGUUAAUGGCAUUUAUCUCCCUCGCGCCUUCAUCAGAAGCUUUUGGCAUACUUGCUGGCUGGAUGUGGCAUCAGAGUCAAGGCUCCUGAAAAGGUGAAGGUUCUUUCCGAGAUGUGACUUUAAAUCAAUCGAAGUAAUCAUUUGAGCAACUGUGCUCAUUAAGUGUGUGGUCCUUGAGAGAAGAAUAACUUAAUUUGUUUGGGCUAAGGUUUGGUUUACAUUUUGUAUGUUUGCAGUGACCACAAUGUGGUGUGUUUCUUCGUCUCCUUGCUUGUUCAUUCUCAGAGUGCUCACUCUUGACCUGCUCAAUGUUGUUCAGACCUGUCCAUUCAUCACCUGCACACAGAGUUCUAAUAAAGUAGAUGAUCAGCAGCCAGCUACCAAUGAAAGACUUUGAAAUGUAUCUCUUGUGCUGAAACACACCAAAAACCAGCAGACACCGCGGCCCUCCAGGACUGGAGUUUGACACCCCUGUUGAAGAGACGAUCAUUUUUAUGUACGUUCAUCUAUAUUUGCUUUGUCUCUGUACCUGGCUGCAGCUGGAAAAUAAAAUUCCACUGAUUUCUUA